AUGGCAGGCAAUGGCUCCGUGUCCUGUCAGGAGGCCCAAGACCGAUUUGCAGCCUGCUGCACGAAUGCGGAUGAGACUGUGGAGACCACAGUUCCCGAUGCUGCAGCUUCAGAGGAGAUCGUUGAUGAGACUCCAGAAGCUCCGGAAGUUUUACCCGGCGACAGGGAGGGCGCGGCUCCAGAAGGCACAAGAUCGACAACCAUCUUGGGGCCGCCCACUGAGGCUGAGGAGUAUGGCGAAGAGGCAACUCCUUUCUGCAAAAGCCUGUGCUUGAAGACGGACGUGAAAGAGUGGAACUUGACCUGUGCAGAUCUCCCCAAGGAGGAGUGCUCCUCCACCCACUUCUUCCAAACCAUCGGCACCUGUGAGAGGAGGCUUUGUGUGUGGGCAGCUCCUUGGAAGUGCUCCAUCGAUUGGACGCAGGCUUGUGUUACCUGCAACUGGCCCUGCGGGCGCAAGGUAACAACCUCAACAACUUCAACAACCACGACUACCACCCAAACCAGUAGUACCACAAGCACAAGCACUGCAACUACCACUACCACUUCCACCACCACCACCGAAACUUCUACGACCACGACCACAAGCACGUCCACUUCUACUGACACAGGCGAUUUGCUGGACCACUUGAUGCUUGGAAGAAGAAGGCCGUACAUGACAGCUAAUGGCAUCGUGGUGCCUGAGGGCUGCUUCGACUUCUGCACCCGCACCAACGUGAGGAGUCUACAACUGAGUUGCGCUCAGCUGCCAGAUGAGCUUUGCCAGUCGGAGAACUUCUAUCAGACCGACGUGGCGGGCAACCGAAGGCACUGCAGAUUCAGCGAGGGCGAGUGCAAUGUGGACGGCUCUUUCGUGUGCAACGCCAGCAUGCCCAUUUGCCAAGUUGAUGCAGAAGGAUACGCUUCACACAGUGGGAAUGACAGCGGCGUGGAUCACGCUGCCGCGUCGCAGUCAAGCACGACUUUGUUGACUUCCACAACUUCCGCGAAAACCACUGUGUCCGCAACUUCCGCAACCAUCCCUGCGUCCGCGACUUCCGCAACUACCACUGCGCCCGCGACUUCCUCGGCUACCACUCUGUCUGCGACUUCCUCAGCAACUAGUGCGUCCGCGACUUCCGCGAAUUCCACUGCGCCCGCGACUUCUGCGGCUUCCGCAGCUUCCUCUGCGUCCGCAACUUCCACGGCGUCCGCAGCUUCUACGACUUCCGGCCCCUCCAUUUCCACGACUUCAGCCGCAAGCGCCACUUUUGGAGCGGAAACGACUCGCCCGACACAGACCACCAAGCCCCAAAGUCGGCCGGAGCUUGAGGCUACUACGCAGACGACGAUGGAGCCAGCGUCUUUUGGCCGGCUGGCGCAGGCGGCGGAACAAGCGCUGGUGGCGGCUGCUAGGGAAUGCCUCGCCGUGGGCUUGUCCGCAGAGGACCUUUGGUCGGCGCUGAACGAAACAGCGGCUCAGUCCAGCCCUGCGAUGUUGGCCUUCCAAGAAGCCGUGGACGUCGCACUCCUCGCCGGCUUUACGAGGGCCAACUUGAAGCAGACGUUGAAGAAGGCCGUGGCCCAGAAAGAUUUGGAGGCAGAGGCCUUGCCUCCGCUGAGCGAAGAUGGUUUGGACUUGGAGUUCCUUUGUGUGGCUGUAUGCUCCAAGCAAGUUGUCGCCAGUUGCGCCAGCCUAUCUGCCGGCUUUUGCGCCAGCGGCGAGUUUUACACUUCCAGCGCCGGGAAGCACGCCAUCUGCGGUCUCGACGCUGGGCGCUGCGUCCCUGGCGCAUCCUUCAGCUGCGGGCGACGCUGCGCACCGAUCAGCCGGCACCAGGAUUCGGACUCUCUCUUCUGCAAGUCUUUGUGCUACAAGACGCGGUCGCGGAAUUGCAGCGCACUGUCGGAGGAGCAGUGCAGUAAGCACUUCGUGGACAACGAGGGACUGCGAGCAUGCCACUGGGAAGCUGUCGGAUGUAGCGUGGACCUGUCAACAACCUGCUCCUCGCAACCCGAGUGCCCCGAUUUGACGACCACCACGAUGACGACAACGACGACCACGACGACCACAGUGCUUCAGGCAUUUUGCCUCACGCUUUGCCGGAAGGUGGACAUCGGUUCGCACGUCUCUGCAUGUGAACAACUGUCAGAGGCCGAAUGCAAGACUCAGAACUACUACGCCACCAUCAACGGGAAUCGCGCAAUGUGCAGCUGGUCACAGUCCGGUUGCAGCUUAGAAGACACCUCCGCCUCCUGCCACGUCGACCAGCCCAUUUGCGCGUCGGACCCGGCACUGCCGGCGGAGCUGCCGGAGCCGAUGGUGCCGCCCUUCUGCUUCUCCCUGUGCGCCAAGCAAGACGUCACGACUCUGAACAUGACAUGCGCGGACUUGACGCAGGACCGCUAUGCAGCUCCGGGAAUUACUUUGAAACGACCAGCGGUGGCCAGCGCAUGCUUUGUGCCAUGGGUGUCUCGGGAUGCUCGCUGGAGCUAG